AUUAUUUGAUUUAUAUCUUUAUUAUUUAUAGUUUUAGAUGGUACAUGAUUUAAGUUUCAAGAUCUAUUGCUUUAUUUUAAAAUCUACACGGUUUUAAUAGAUCCAUUAAAGUUUAGACCAUUGUCAUUUUUCUAAGAUUAUUUAUUCCAUUUGUAACGCUUAACGCAUAACAAUACUUUGACUACCCGUUAUUGGUCCCACACACGGCCAUAAUAAAUUUACUAAACCCCAAAAAUACAAUUUGGUAAAACAGUAAUAUUUGAUUAUACGAAUCUGAUUUGACUUAACGACACUAGUCAAACCCCUUAUUUUCUCUCCAAACCCACCAAUCACACACUUACACACACCUCUUUAAAUAAUUCUAUUCUUUUUUUGUAUUAUUCCAUCAACUUACCACUGGCCAUUAUAUUUCUCCCUUAAUUUUUGUUCCUUCAUUUGACCUGCUUGAAACUUUUUUUUUGUUAGAUCUUUUGUCGUGUUUCAUACUUUUAAAUAUUUUACAUAUUUGGAUAUUUCUCUUGGCUUAAUUCCUUAUUCCACAUUCCACAUUCCACAUUCCACGCUUAUCACAAAAUCUUUCUCCUUUGUCUCGCUUUUUUCCUUUGUUCUUUCACAUGUGUAUAUACACACAGAACACACACUUAAAUUUCUAUUGUCAUAUAAAACUUCAACUUUACCUUUUCUCUUACAAAAAACACUAUCUUCUUCAUCAAAUUCUAUUGAUUCUGUUUUUCCUCAUCCUCCUCUAUGGCCCUCUCACCUAAUUCAAGCUCUUUAGAUUUAACAAUAUCAAUUCCGAGUUUUUCUCCAUCUCCUUCACUUGGUGAUCAUGAUCACGGGGUGAGAGAUUUGGACAUAAACCAAACUCCAAAGACGGAAGAAGAUCGUGAGUGGAUCAUGAUCGGUGCAACACCACAUGUCAACGAAGAUGAUAGCAACCCCGGUGGCCGGCGGCGCAAAAAGCUCCGUCUAACCAAAGAGCAAUCACAUCUUCUUGAAGAGAGUUUCAUACAAAACCAUACCUUAACCCCUAAGCAAAAAAAAGAUUUAGCCACCUUUUUGAAGCUUAGUCAAAGGCAAGUUGAGGUGUGGUUUCAAAAUCGAAGAGCUCGGAGUAAGCUAAAGCACACGGAGAUGGAAUGUGAGUAUCUAAAAAGAUGGUUCGGAUCGUUGAAGGAGCAAAAUCGACGGCUACAAAUAGAAGUUGAAGAACUAAGAGCUCUAAAGCCAUCAUCGACCUCGGCUUUAACCAUGUGUCCUCGGUGUGAACGUGUGACUGAUGCAGCAGAUAAUGACUCUAAUGCCGUUCAAGAGGGUGCAGUUCUAAGCAGCCGGUCACGGAUGACAAUUUCCUCUUCCUCUUCUCUCUGUUGACUGGUUUGGUCGAAGUCAAAAGUCAAAAGAUAGAAACGCCUGUUUCGGGGUACAAAGCAAAGAUUUGAUGAUGAUUAGGAAGAUUUUGUGCAUAGUUCGCUAAUUACUUAUUCCACCAAUGGAAGAAAAAUAGUGUAAUACUCGUUUAAUAGCUUUUUCUUGUUAUUUAUUCAAAAUUCUGUUUUCCAUGUCCCUUCUAAGUAAGUAAUUCUAUUGACUUGAAUAUAGAUAUGUUUUACUU